GCUGCUGCUGCCCACUGAUACUCUAGACAAGUACAAGAGGCGGCUGAGAAAGCCGCAGACUGAUGACUUGACGCGUCAGAUGCUCCAGAAGCGUAUCCUGCACACUUGCAAGACGACCCGACUUUGUCCGCAUUGUAGUUACCACAACACUUCCUUUCGGAAGGGACCUGGUGUACCACUGAUAUUGAGGCACGCCGUUGGCCCGACAAACAAGCAAGCUCCAGAAGAGGUGUCCUUGCCUUUCAUCGAUUCGUUCACAGAGGCAAAAGCCUUCAACAAAGACCUGGAGUCUUAUGCAGAUAAGGCAUCAGAAGACUUCAACCCCCUGGUGGCGUAUGAGCUCAUGAAGCGCAUCCCCCCCAACGACAGGGAGAUUCUUGGGUUCCAGCGCCCAGAACAGCUUUUACUGACAUCGCUGCCAGUUCCACCUGUUUGUAUCCGACCCACGGUCAGCAUGGGCGACAAGGGCACCAGAGAAGAUGACCUGACGAUGGUUAUCGGAGAAAUCGUUGAGGCGAACUCUGCGCUGCAGACACAGCUUCAGCGAGGCUUGCCCAGGCAAGUGCUCGAGGCAUGGGAGUUCCUCCAAGAGGCUUGUGCCAGAUACGUCAACUCUGAGAUAUCAGGGCUUCAGGUUAAACCGAAGUCUGUCCGUUCAAUCUGCACCCGGCUCAAGGGCAAGGAGGGACGCUUCAGAGGUAACUUGAGCGGCAAACGCGUGGAUUUCUCUGGGCGAACGGUGAUCUCCCCAGAUCCCAACGUCAGUGUGGAGCAGGUGGUUAUACCAGAAUGGGUGGCGAAGCGUAUGACAUUUCCUGAGAAGGUUUGUGAAGCAAGCAUGAACCGACUCAGAAUGGCCAUCAUGAGAGGGCCUGAGGAGCAUCCCGGCGCCUGCUUUGUCAAGACCUCCGAUGGCAGGACAAAGUUCUUAGGUGCUUUGAAGAAGCCCUUCCGCAAGCAGAUUGCAGAUAGCUUGAAGUGUGGCGACCUAGUCGAGCGCCACAUGCGGAAUGGCGACAUCGUCCUGUUCAAUCGCCAGCCGUCUCUGCACCGGUUGUCCAUUAUGGCGCAUCGGGCCAAAGUCAUGCCCGGGCGCACCUUUCGAUUCAACGAGUGCGUCUGCGCACCUUACAAUGCUGACUUUGAUGGAGAUGAGAUGAACAUCCACCUGCCUCAGACAGAGGAGGCACGGGCUGAGGCUAUGCAGCUGAUGGGUGUCCGCGACGGGCUUGUCACGCCAAAAAGUGGCGAGGUUGCCAUCUGCGCCACCCAAGACUUCCUUACAGGAGCCUUCCUGCUCACGCAGAAGGACGUCUUCCUGUCAAGAGACAAAUUCUGUCAGCUCUGCUGUUUUUUGUCUGAUGGCUUGGAGGUCAUUGACCUGCCUCCUCCGGCCAUCCUAAAGCCCUGCGAGCUUUGGACUGGAAAGCAGGCCAUCUCCGUGAUGUUAAGACCCAAUCACAAGUCCAAGGUCUUCGUGAACCUCGAGGUUCCAGAGAAGAACUACACCAAGAAGGAUCAGACCCUUUGCCAUAACGAUGGCUAUGUGCUCUUUAGAAACUCAGAGCUUCUAAGUGGCAAUCUGGGCAAGAAAGUCCUAGGGGGAGCUAAGAAUGGUCUCUUCUUCCGCCUCAUCCGAGACUGCGGGGCGCGUGCUGCCAUGGACUGCAUGAGCCGGAUUGCGAAACUCACAAGUCGUUGGCUCAUGAAUCGCGGCUUUACUAUUGGCAUUGAUGAUGUCAAUGCCGAGUAUGGCCGUGGCGGCGGCAAGGUCACGUAUGAGAAGCAGCGCAUUACGCGGGAGAAGUACGAAAUGGUCGGCAAGUACAUUGGCCAGUACAACCAAGGCACUCUUGAGAACAAGCCCGGCUGCAAUGCCGAACAGACUCUGGAGGCCUUGGUCAAUGGGGAGCUUGGUCGCAUUCGUGAUCUGGUCGGAGGCAUGUGUGAAGAGAAGCUGGCAUUCUUCAACAAGCCGCGAAUCAUGGCGACCUGCGGUUCCAAAGGAAGCCCCAUCAACCUGUGCCAGAUGAUGGCAUGCGUGGGCCAACAGAACGUGGGCGGCCAGCGUAUCAAGGAUGGCUUCGUAAACCGCACCCUUCCACAUUUCCAAAAGGGCUCCAAGGAGCCCAAGGCACGGGGUUUCGUGGCGAACUCCUUCUACUCUGGCCUGGAGGCCCCGGAAUUCUUCUUCCACACCAUGGGCGGCCGAGAGGGACUAGUAGACACCGCAGUGAAGACGGCGGAAACGGGCUACAUGCAGCGGCGCCUCAUGAAAGCCUUAGAGGACCUGGCCCUAAAGCACCUCAUCGAACCUAGGGAAAUGAAGACUGGGAUUAUAUGGGGUAUUGUAGGGGUUAUAGUCCUGUAG